GCCAGAAGUUUCAUGGGAAUGCUGCAGAACAUGCCGGCCAUAAAGGAGGUUAUUGAGUCUGAGCGGGCUCCCGACGGCGUCGAGCCUCUGACGAAAGACUCUAGCGAUGAAGAUAUGGAUGCGCGUAUAGCUCGCGUCGGCAAUACUUUCUGUCACGCAGCAGGCUCCAUAGCCAUGGGGAACGUGGUGGACACUGACUUUGAAGGUUAUUGGUGUGAAGGGUCUUCGCAUAGUGGACGCAAGCGUGUUCCCUCUGCCAAUCAUGACUCACUACCAGGCCAUCGUUUAUGCGCUGGGCGAAAAGCUGCAGACAUAAUCCCUACGGAACUAUCUAACGCCAAGGAGAAAAGUUGAUCAAUGUACGGGGGUACAACUUUUAGAAAACUUCAG